CUAUAACGUCGCGCAAAGGAAGACUGACAAACUGUAACGGCACUAUAGAAUGACGCUCAUAUCUCAAUCUCCCAGUUUUGGGAAUAAAAUAACAAAACCGUUGGCGAACGAAAGUGAAAACUUAAGCGAAUGUGAAAAACAAGUGUUGCUAAUGAAAAGCACAUUUGAUUCAAAAUUGUUUCCCGAUGAUUUCGAUACGUGGACUACAAAAGAACAAUACAGAUGGAUAAACGGAAAUCUUCGAAAGUUUUACCCAAAUAUGCCGGAAACGUUAUUGGGAUAUGUGACCGCUGUCUUUCGCCAAAUUAAGUUUGAUCGAUCUCCGGUGGAGACGCCCGAAUGGCUAGAUAUAGAAAAGUAUCGAAGAGGACAAAAGUUUGUACGAGAAAAUUUUCUGGCAAUUAUUGUCAACAAACUGAUCGGUCUUCUUCACGUGUAUUGUUUCACGGAUGGUCUAAAACCGAUUAUUAUAGGAGGAAAGAGUCAUACGUUACAAUUGGGUUUCAAAAGGUACUCUUUGACUAUGAUGCGAAUACUUAGCUGGUAUCUUGAAGAACCUUGGGUCAAAGAAACGCAAGCCUACAAAAACAUGCAAACUACGAAUAAAUAUCAUCUGUUAAUGAAGAACAAAUUGUGCCAGCUCGAUAACGAGCAAAUCGACGCCGCGGCCACACUCGCGAAGUUACGAUGUCCGGAUCAUGAGAUGCUUUUGAAAGAUUUUGCCGCGGCGUGUCCUUUUGAAAAACCUGGACAGUGUAUUUAUCCUUUUUUAGAUAAUUCGCCGUACAAACCGAAAGGUGUAAAUAAUGCGGACAUAGCAGUCACGCAGGCCAGUUUUGCCGGCAUGAUUGUGCUUCGUCCGCAAGACAUGGGAGUGCACAAUGCAACCGACGAAGAUAUAGAAGCCUUCUGUCAUAUGUGGAGAUGCUAUGGAUAUUAUCUUGGACUAGAAGACGAGUACAACUUUUGUCGUGGCAAUUUGGCAGAAAUAAGACAACGUCUACGGGAUUAUUACGAAUAUUGGGUAAAGUCUAAUCUUAAGAAUGCCUCAGUUGAAUGGGAGCACAUGACGAGAUGCUUAGUCGAGCCUAUGAAUUUCUAUCCUUACGUGUAUAUGCCUUACAAGUCUGUGUUACUGAUCGCCACGGAUUUAUUAGAUCUAAAUAUGCCGCGUUUAUACGCGUCUCUUAGUUAUCCAGAAUGGAUCGCUUACAAGAUCUACAAAUUUAUUCUUCAAUAUGGUUUAAAGGUCUCUAUUGUAAGAGAAGUUAUAAACAAAUUUAUAAUUCGCAUAUUUAAAAUAAAACCCAAUCAAAAGUAAUCGAAGAACUUUGUCUUAUUUUGACAUUGGUGAACACAAUUAUCACCCAACAUUUUUUUAUUACUGUGUAAAACUUUUUUAAUCACGUUGUACGUAUAUUUGAGUUUUUUUGUGUAAAAUUUGACACAGUUAUUUUCUGCGCAACAUAUCAAUUGUGAACAUUAUGAUUUUUUAAAUUACUUAUUUCGUCAACGCUCUGAAGAAAAUCAGAAAUAUUAGACGGCAAAUUUAUUUACAAAAAUUAUUUAUAAAUAAAGAAAUUUUCAGCAUUAAAUAUUGUUUAUUUUAGAGCUACUUUUAUAAUGUGAUUGUUUAUUAUCUAUUAAAAGGAAAAAUAUAGGGGUCAGAAUAUGUUAACAUUGCAAUGACUUGUUACUGCUGUGAUUGUCAUACAAGUAAGAAAUAAAGAUUGUGUCCUAAAAUUGUUAUCAAAACUGUAGUUUUUUUCUUCCACCCGUUCAGCGGACUAAACUGUUGUGUAACUGUUGAAAGAUUUUCUGCUAAAUGUCUUUCGGUGAUUUUUAUUUUAUGUAUUUGCCGACAGAUUUAAGCAGUCGCCAUGUUUCGCAGAGAAAAGAACAUUCAGAAAUGUAUGUAAAACCGUCGGAAGAGUAGCGUAAGUAAUAAAUACUGAGAACUGAGUUGUGCUGAACGCGACAAUA